GUCCAAAGCGUAUAAGCGUCCGAAACGAGCGACCUCACGCUAUCUCAACGUUCCGCGCUAGUUUUUCCAUUAUUUUAAGUUAUUUAGUGAUAAAAGUGUAAACUUUUAGUGAUAAUUGGUGUUACGGUGAUUGAUUUUAGUGAUGUAGCCGCAAUGGAUUAAGGAUUACUUUGAUCGGUUUUGUGUGAAAUGCCCGAGACGGGGUCCACUGCAGCAGAAGAUCGACCUUUGAGUUUGUCGCGACGAGAAUUUCCUUCGCAAGGCACCAUGAGCCAUCACAGAGAAUCGUCGGCCUUCGUGCCGGUGGUACCGUCGAGGAACAUGCACCCCAUGCUCUAUCCCGGCGAAAUGCAUCCUCUGUUGGGUUCAGAAUUGAUCAGGGAGAACAGGGAACGUCCCGAAGGUACCAAACCUUCAGGCGAUGCUCCACCAGGUAACUUCCCAAAUGUGAGAAAAUCGUCAUCGAGCUUCGACAUCAUGGCCAUGAUGGCCGAUAAAAGAAAAGAGUUGGCUUUACGCGAGGAAGCAGCAUGUGUAGCUGCACAUGCAGCUGCGUUAAUGCUUCCGCAUCGACCAGGACCUCCACCAGAAUUUUUAGAAGGUUCCAACGGAAGUCAACACAACUCCUACCCUGGUUUCCUACCCAAUGCCCCUGGAGGUGCUGGAUUUUCAUUCCCUGGUGGUACCACCCUGUUCCCACCAGGUCCCCCCCAAAUGCACGCCCACUUGGACAGAAGGCUCCUAAGAGCCCCCGGGAGGGCUUCAAGACCCAAAAAACAGUUUAUUUGCAAAUUUUGCAACAGACAAUUUACCAAGAGUUAUAACCUACUUAUCCACGAGAGGACCCAUACUGAUGAAAGGCCCUACUCAUGUGACAUAUGCGGAAAGGCGUUCAGAAGACAGGAUCAUCUCAGAGACCAUAGAUACAUUCACAGCAAGGAAAAACCGUUCAAAUGUGGGGAGUGUGGAAAAGGUUUCUGCCAAAGCCGAACACUGGCAGUCCACAAAAUCCUCCACAUGGAGGAAUCCCCCCACAAGUGCCCUGUGUGCUCUAGAUCCUUCAACCAACGGUCGAAUUUGAAGACCCACCUGUUAACACACACAGAUCACAAACCGUACGAGUGCAACUCUUGCGGCAAGGUCUUCAGGAGGAAUUGCGACUUGAGGAGGCACGCGUUGACGCACGCGGUAGGAGACGUACCGGAGGACGGUUUCGUACCUCGCGAAGACAUGGAAGAGAGAGCUAGAAGCUCGUCCAGAGGCAGAAGCCCUUCUCUGGACUCCAGGGACGACGAGAGCGUUAGGGUUUGCUCGCCAACACCCGAGGUGACAAAGUGUCACGAACCGAGCAGCUCGUACACUAUGAGACCCAUGAGGCACCACAGCAGAAUUGUGCGCGAGCUGGACGACGAAGACGAGCUAGAUGAGGAUCCGGAGAUCGAUCCAGGUAAAAACACCUUAAACGUAAAGCAAAGUUUUAAACGCGCCUACUUCUUUGCAGGUGUGGAGGAUCAACCGGAUGUGGAAGAUAGAUCCGAAGCGUCGGAAACGUCGGAGGUGGUUAUACAACCCCCGGUACAGCAUCCCCAGCUCCAAAUACGUCGCGAUUUGCACCCGACGACCUCCAAACCGUCCACAAUGACCAGCGAAUCCAUGGAUAAUCACCCCUAUUUGGGGCCGUUCAGAAAACGCACUCUGGAUCAAGAAAGACCGUCCACAUCGUAUACAGGACCCUCCACGAGUUACAGUAGCACCCCACCGAUGAAUUUGCGCGUCCACAACUUCUAUCAGCUCCCCCAUACGCCCCAGCAGUUCAUGGAGAAUCAGAUUUUGAAGCCUCCCGAUAUACCGAACAACAUGCUUCCAAUAUUCAUGAAUCCGAACCAUAAGAUGAGCGAUCCGGGGCCUUCGACUUCGUCAUCCUCGAUGGAGAGUCAGAGCAUGCCAAGCGACCUCUCCAUGAAGAAGGAGGAGGUGCAUCCCCCCAGGCCGCCCCAGAACCCCCCUCCGAAGAAAACCGGGUUCACUAUAGCGGAUAUAAUGGGACGAUAGUUUUCGGUGAUAUUUAAAGUGAUGAAAGUGCAAUUGGAAUCAAAAUUGAAGAAAAAAGUUUAUUUAUUGAAUAACCCGUUUUUGAUGAUAAUUUGACUGAAUACUAAUGUUCGGUUGCCAUUAAAUGAAUUGUAUAUACAGUGCUCAAUUAUUAAUUUAUUGAUAAAAUUUUUAAAUGUGCUGUACUAUAUUUAUACAUAUAGUUUGACUGAUUUUAUCAUAAACAGUUCCUUGUUUUUUUAGUACGUUUUGUGUGAAUUUUAUUUUGUAAUUAGUGGGAACAUUACUCGCGUUUCUAGGUACAAAACAUUUUAUUUGUGUUUUUAAUAAACCUCUAUUAGUUUAUGUUUUAUAAAUAUGGUUAACGGAUUUUUUUAUACAAAUUUGUAAUUUUAAUUUUUUUUUAUUGUUCCGUACUUGAUAUUUUUUGUAAUUAUUUUAUUAGAUCUCAGAAUCUAUUUUGAUAUUGUUGUUUUUUAUUAGUUUAA